AGUCAUCUCUUGAGCUUCUGAUAAUUGAUUCCUCUCCCACCUUUAUAAGCAAAAGCUUAGGAUAAUGGCUAUUUGUAAGAGAAACCAUCCCAAUAAUGAUGUCUCAAAGUCCAUGCUCAUCAUCAUCAUCACCAUCAUCAUCUUAUUAUUAUCCUCUCAAGUCCUUUCCACCAAGAGCCCUCACAAUGCGACUCCUCCUAGUCCUGGAUACCUUCUCCACAAGCAGCCGGCUUAUGGUGGGAGGAAGGCCAUUGGAGAAAGAAUGAUAAAGAUAGACAUUGUUGAUGAUUAUCCUCCGGCGAGAGUCAAGCCGCCGAUGCCAACACCUUGUUGUUAAGGAUGUUGACGAGUAGCCAUUUUUAGUUUAAGAAAAAAGAAAAAAAAAUAGUGGGUGUGAAGUUGUAAGGAUAUUAAAUGAUGGGGGUAUAUUUGUAUCUCUACCAAUGCCUAUAAAUAAUUAUUAUUUUUCCUAUUCUAAUUAAUUUGGUCGAGAGAUUAGCUCUCAUGGCCAAACCAUAGAAAAUCAUAACAGAGCUUUUGAACAUGUACUAUGGCCUUCUUUAGAAUCACAAAACAUUCAUAAAAUAUUGUAGAAUUGGGUAAUAUCACAGAGGAGAUAAGCUCAACUCGUCAAGCAUAGGAAAGCUCAAAGCUUGGAAGCCCGCCAUGAUCUCAUCUUACUAGUAAUUCUAUCAACUAGGAUAGUGCACGCCUUGCUAGAUAAUCUUUCUGCAAUAAGAGGCAUAGUAGGUAUAUAACAGGAUGAUGCCUUGAAGCAUGAUGUUAGGUUACUUGAAUCGGACUAUCUAGCUACGACUAGAAGUAUGAAGGCUUUAGGGUGUAUGGACCGAUACACGGUUGGGUUGUUAGCUCUGGACCUGGUUUGUUACCGUUUUCCAUUACCAUAUUAGAUUAGGGUUAGACCAUUACUAUCAAUCUUCUCAUACUCCUCUGUAAUUUUGUAUCUUAUCGAAAUAUAGUGAAAUUGGCUCUCUCCUGCCCGUAGACUAGCUAGCACACAUUGUGUUAGUGAAACACGUAAAUCCAUGUGUCAUGGACUCAUGUUAUUACUUUUGUCUAGUAUCUCAAAACAUACAUUAGCCAAAUGUAAAUUAUGUUCUCUUUUUAUUGACUAGUGAUAUUGAAGAAAACCAAAUGUGGAUUUUCAGUUCCAAAAAAUAAACAAAUUCGAACCAUUAACUAGUGGCCAAGAAUUCACGAACAAUUCUUGGAUCUGAAUCCAAAAUUUAAUUUUCUUAUGAUAUAUAAUAUAAGAAAAUCAAAAUUGAUAC